AUGAAGUCCAACCCCCCAAGCUCCUCCCCAGAGGCCUGCAAAGCUGCAGGCCAGGGUGAGAAGAGCUGCCCUGUCUGCCAGGCCUGUGGAGAGGUCUCAGGUCCAAGGUCUGGUUCAGGGUCUGAGUCAGGACCUGCACCAAAGCCUGGUGCCAUUCUAGGGCCUGGACUGGGGCCCAAAGCUAUUCCAGGACCUCAGGCGGGUUCUGGUGCUGUUCCGAGGCCUGGUGCUGUUUCAGGGACUGGACUAGGUCUAGGGCCUGGGCCAGGAGCUGGGUCCGCACCUGGGCCAGGAGCUGGGUCCGCACCUGGGCCAGGAGCUGGGUCGGGACCUGGUCUAGGAACUGGGUCGGGACCUGGUCUAGGAGCUGGGCCGGAAGCUGGGUCAGUACCUGGGCCGGGAGUUGGAUCGGUACCUGGGCCGGGAGCUGGGUCUACACCUGAGCCAGACCUAGGGCUUGGGCUCAGACAGGGGUCUGGGACUGGGCCCAAACCCAGUGAGUCAACAACAACCCCAACACCGGUGCCGCAGCAGAAGACUCAAGCCAAACCCACAAAGGCUGCCAGGCAGAAGGUUCUGGUGACUGGAGGAGGAGGCUACCUGGGCUUCAGCCUGGGAUCCCACCUGGCCAAGAGUGGCACUUCCGUCAUUCUGCUUGACCGCCGCAGACCCCAGUGGGAACUGUCCCCGGAAACCAAGUUCAUCCAGGCUGACGUCCGAGAUGAAGAAGCCCUGUACCGUGCCUUCGAAGGGGUGGACUGUGUCUUCCACGUGGCUUCCUAUGGAAUGUCCGGGGCUGAGAAGCUGCAGAAAGAGCAGAUUGAGUCUAUAAAUGUCGGAGGCACCAAACUAGUGAUUGAUGUCUGUGUUCGCCGGCGGGUUCCAAGGCUCAUCUAUACCAGCACCGUCAACGUUGCAUUUGGCGGGAAGCCCAUAGAGCAGGGCGAUGAGGACUCCGUGCCAUAUUUCCCAUUGGACGAGCACAUAGACCACUACUCCCGAACCAAAGCCAUCGCCGACCAAUUGACCCUCAUGGCCAAUGGGACGCCUCUCCCAGGAGGAGGCACUCUUCGGACGUGUGUGCUCCGGCCUCCAGGGAUCUACGGCCCUGAAGAGCAGAGGCACCUGCCCCGUGUGGCGGGCCACAUCAAGAAGAGGCUGUUCAUGUUCCGAUUUGGGGACCGCAAGGCACGGAUGAACUGGGUCCACGUACACAACCUGGUGCAGGCACACGUGCUGGCGGCCGAGGCCCUCACCGCGGCCAAGGGCUACGUGGCUAGUGGGCAGGCAUACUACAUCAACGAUGGGGAGAGCGUCAACCUCUUUGAGUGGAUGGCCCCGCUGUUUGAGAAGCUGGGGUACAGCCAGCCCUGGAUCCAGGUGCCUACUUCCUGGGUUUACCUGACAGCGGCAGUUAUGGAGCGCCUACAUCUGGCCCUGAGACCCAUCUGCAGCCUCCCAUUGCUGCUCACUCGGAGUGAGGUGCGCAGCGUGGCUGUGACGCACACCUUCCAGAUAGCCAAGGCCCGCGCCCAGCUCGGCUACGCGCCGGACAAGUUUAGGUUCGCCGACGCCGUGGAGCUAUACGUGCAGUCCACGACCUGGCGGCCCCGCGGCUCCACGGCGCGGACCCUCCUGCGGCUGCUGUUCGGGCUGCUGCUGUUCCUCGGCUUGCUCGCCCUGGCCCUGCACUUCCUAGGCCUGCAGCCUCUGCACGCCGCCGUUGAGCGCCUGUGA